CGCGAGGACCACGAGCGUGCCGUGCAACGCAAGUUGCGUGCGGAGGUCAAAGAGAUAUUCAGCGACUGUCAGGGUUUUGAAGAUCGAGUUAAAAGACGCUUUGGUCGUUACACAAACACAACAGUGUGUUUAGGAAGCCAUGGUGAAGAAGAAGAGAGUCCGUUUCAUCGCGGAGCUCGCUCGGAAGAUCCGGGCGUACCGAGAGCUCAAGUCCCGGCCGUCGGAGUCCCAGAGGUACGCCCUGGAUUACGAGACCAUGAAGCGGCCCUUCAGCGGGAAGACGCUCCCCGUGUUGGCCUGGCAGGACGUCCGCAGGGAGAGCCGCCUCUUCUCCAUCCUGUCCGGGAUGAGGAUGUUCGGGGUGGGCCGCCUCUUCACGCGGAAGUCGUGGCUGGAGGACCACUCGGAGCCCAGCUACUGGAAGAUCACCAAGGUCAAAGUGGACUACACUGCAGAGAAUAUGGACCAUGGGAAAGCAUGGGGAAUCCUGACAUACAAAGGUCAACCAGAGAGCGAGGUGAAGGAAGUGGACAAGGUGAUGUAUCACGACUGGCGACUGAUUCCCAAACACAUGGAGCAACAGUUUAAAGACUUUGAGCCGCUUCCUGACCCGCCUGUGCGCUACGUCCCCUUCCCUCCUCUCCUCCGGGCCAUGAUUCUCGCCCAGCAGAGUAAAGCGGGAGGCAGCGCGGCCGUCGAGGAGCCGAGCUUGCCUUUACAGAGGGAUGUUCUGCUCAGCAAAGACUAUUUCCGCCAGCAGGAGCAAGAAAUGAAGAGGGAAGAUGGGACGGCGGUGUGAUGAUGACAUGCUUCUUAACUGAAGGGUUCCUAAGUGGACAUUUUGGACUAUGUCAGUGUUGAAAUGUGUUUGAAUGUGUGCCUAUAUGAUGUGAUAAACAAAAAGACUUUGCAUAAAACUUGGUCCUAUCAAGUGCUUUUUUUCCUUUGCAAUAGUGUUGCUAUUUUUGCGAGUGCUUUGAAGUAAUUAUGUGACAGCAUUUAAAACAUACAGUGAUCGCCAUAGUAGAUAGUUUUGAAUAGAGACACUUCAAAGCCCAAACGAUUAACUGCUGAGCAACCUGAAAAAUACAGCUUUAAAUGUGAAACUGUUCAGUUUACAUUUGGUCA